UGAGGCAGAAAUCCUUGUUGGCAAUGGAGAAAAGAAUUGCCAUAGUUGGAGCUGGUAUCAGUGGCCUUCUUGCCUGUAAGUAUGUCUUGUCAAAAGGUUUCCAUCCCGUUGUUUUUGAAGCUCAAAGCAGUGUUGGAGGUGUUUGGACCAAAACCAUAGAGACUACUAAGCUACAAUCUCCUACACCAGCAUUUCAAUUCUCAGAUUUUCCAUGGCCAUCUUCUGUCAAUGAUUUAUUUCCCAACCAUCAUCAAGUCCUUGAUUAUCUUCAAUCUUAUGCACAUCACUUUGACUUGCUUAAGCACAUCAAAUUCAGCACCAGGGUUGUCAACAUUGCAUAUGAAGGCGCUUCGGAUGAAGAGAUUAGAUCUUGGAGUUUAUGGAAUGGCAGCGGUGAACCCUUCAGCUCUCAAGGGAAAUGGAAGGUUAUAACAGAAGAUACACGAACACAAUCAACUGAGGUUCACCAAGUUGACUUUGUAGUUCUCUGCGUGGGUCGAUUCAGUGAUGUUCCGAAUUUCCCGGAAUUUCCUCCAAACAAGGGUCCUGAAGCAUUUCAUGGCAAGGUGAUACACUCCCUGGACUAUGCCACCAUGGAUAAUGAAGCUGCUGCAAACUUUGUCAAAGGGAAGAGAGUUACUGUUGUUGGGUUCCAGAAAUCAGCAAUGGACAUUGCAAUGGAAUGCACAGCAGCAAAUGGGGUGGAACAUCCAUGUACAAUUCUAUACAGGACUGAACAUUGGCAUAUUCCUGAUUACUUUCCCUGGGGGGUGCCUUUAGCAUACUUUUACAUGAACAGAUUCGCAGAACUACUGCUGCUUAAACCAGGAGAAGGAUUCUUUCUAAGUCUGUUGGCAACAAUACUUUCACCAGUGAGAUGGGCAUAUGCAAAAUUUGUUGAAAGUCACAUUCAGAAGAAGCUUAGGCUAGGGAAGCACGGAAUGGUGCCAAAACACCGUUUCCUUCAAGAUAUAAGCUCAUGUUUGAUCUCAAUAGUGCCCGAGAAGUUCUACGACAAAGUUGAGGCCGGGAGCAUCAUUUUGAAGAAAUCUCAAAGCUUCAGCUUUUGUGAAGAGGGCAUUCUGGUUAAGGGAGAGACUACACCUCUGAAGUCAGAUUUGGUCAUUUUUGCUACAGGAUUCAGAGGUGAUAAAAAGCUCAAAGACAUUUUUGUGUCCCCGACUUUCCAGGACUGCAUAGCUGGCUCUCCAAAUGAAAAACUUCCACUCUACAGGGAAAUGAUUCAUCCCCAGAUUCCUCAACUAGCAGUGAUUGGAUUCUCAGAAAGUGUUUCAAACUUGCUAGUCUCAGAGAUGGGAUCUCGAUGGCUAGCAGAGCUGCUUGCUGGCACAUUCAAGCUACCAAGCAGAAAAGAAAUGGAAAAGGAUAUAAAUGAAUGGGAUAAAUGCAUGAAGGAAUACUCUGGCCCGUACUACAGGAGAUCAUGUUUAGCUGUCCAACAAAUUUGGUACAAUGAUCAACUCUGCAAAGACAUGGGAUGGAACCCGAAGAGAAAGAAAGGAUUUUUGGCUGAAUUUUUUCAGCCUUAUUCCCCAAUGGACUAUGUUUCAUCUUCAUGAAGCAAAUUUUCCAUUCACCAUUGCUGUAUGCAUUUUGAAAUUUUCUGCUCCAUGACUGUUUUGGAUUGUUAUUCUCAGUUUUUUUCACCUCAUUCUUCUUUUACACUUAUUUUAAUAGAACUUGU